GUUUCGGGACAAAAGAAUAGCUAAACACUGUGGAUAUAUAAAUCACGAAAUUAAAUCUACUAUGUACAUAUGAAAUACAAUGAAUGUGUAAAGUUAUUUGUCGGCUAGCUGAAAAUCAGAUGAGGGUAAAAUUGCAGAUCAUCAAUAUUUAGCAUAUUAACUCGUAAUUUCCAGUACUGUCCAACAAAUACUCUGGUAGUCUCAAAUAGACCAGCGCUGAAAUUAGGAAUAACACAGUGGACACACUUGAUGUAUUAUAUUUUGCUGAUAUAUGUGCUGGUCCUGGAGGUUUCUCAGAAUAUACUUUAUGGCGACGAUGUAAUGCUCCAUAUCAUAUUCACUCAUCAAAUGAAUCGAAACGGCUUAACAAUACACUCAGUCCUAAUCAUCAUUCCAAUAUGAAUGAUAAACUACUAGAUGAUACUACUGAAUCUGUCGAUCAUAACAGUUCUACUAAUAAUACUAGUACUGCUUCAGAGAAGCAACAACCAUUACUGUCUGCUAAAGGAUUUGGUUUAACAUUAACCGGUCAUUGUGAUUUUCGUGAAAAUGAUUUCUUGGCUGGUCCAAAAGAAGCUUUUAUGGCACAUUAUGGACCAGGACGUGAUGGGGAUGUUACAAAAUGGUCGAAUUUAGCUUCAUUCGCAUCAUUUAUUGGUCGUAGUACAAAUAAUGCUGGUGUGCAUAUUCUAAUGGCAGAUGGAGGUUUCGAUGUAUCUAGUCAGUAUAAUCUUCAAGAGGUUAUGUCUAAACAAUUGUACUUAUGUCAGUGUUUAUGUGCAUUAAUCAACCUUAGACCAGGUGGACAUUUUUUAACAAAAUUAUUUGAUACAUUUACUGAAUUCACAAUUGGCAUAAUUUAUUUGAUGGGUUAUUUAUUUGAAGAGAUUUUCAUUGUAAAACCUGUAACUAGUCGACCAGCUAAUUCAGAACGUUAUUUAGUAUGCAAAAAUUUACGAUCAUCUUUAAACACAAUGGCUGGUUGUGUACCUGCUCCCAAAUCAUCAUCAUCCAUGACAAGUCAUUCGGAUUCCACUGAUCAAAAGUCAAGUUUCCGACAGAAGACACGUAAAUUUCCAGGUCAACAACAACAAACAACCACCACAAAUGGUAUUGUUGUUGAUGAUGUGGAAGCCAGUAAAAAGUUUGGCAUUCUAACCGAUAUGAAACAAUCUGGUUCACUUGGUCUAGUGAUCAAUCAUUUUUUACAAGUUAAUGAAAAGUUAAAUCAAAUUAAAACAAACCAAUCAGUGUCGUCACCAUCAUCAUCAAUCAAUCCAAAAUUGGAUUUAUUAAAAAUAUGUCACACUGAAAUAAUUGAACAAGAUGAAAAAUUUAUGCAAUUUAUUCAGGGGAUGAAUGAAGAUUUUGCUAAACAUCAAUGUAUCGCUUUGUCAAAACUGUUAGCAUUCUCUCAAGAUCACAGUCUUGUUGAAAAAAGACAAGAUGAAUUGUAUAGAACAUGUUUAGAAAAAUGGAAGAUUCCGUUAACAGAACGUCGGUCUGUCCCUUGGCCUUUAUUAUCCGCUAAUCGUUCACCAAUUAUUCGUCGUUUAUUAGGUGAUAGCGAAAAUUUGACAUCACUCAAUACGUUACCAUCAGAAUAUCGUACAAAUAUACGUCUUACACCAUUCACUAAUGCAAAUUUAAAUAAUUUAGAUAUUUUAUAUCAUAGUCGAAUUGCUUUAGUAUGCGGUAAUCCGUCGAUUACAUCAACUUCUGAACCAGCUCAAGCAAUGUUCAUUUAUUCACAUGGAUCUGCAGUUGCGGAUACUUAUUGCACUGUUGAUGGAGAUCAAUGGAAUAGAUUAGAUCAAGUGAUACCUAGACUAAACCCACGACUUCCACCUAGUACCUUAAUUUGGGGCCAACCAUUUUAUGAAUAUGCUGUGAAGAAUGGUUUACGAAAACACGGUUUAUUUAUAUAUGAUGUUGUGUGUAUCUACGGUCGAGAUUGUCGUAAAUUACCAUACAGGAAAAGAAUGGAAUUAGCUGAACAAAUGACAAAUGUAAUUAAUUUUCCAGAUAUGACUUCAUCCAAUGUUCGUGUACCACCAUUUCUAAAAUUGUCAGAAAUAGUUGAUUAUGUGAAAAAACUACCUCUUCUACCGUGUAAGGAUUCACCAACACUUGUACCAAUGCAUUGUUUACCCGAUGGUUUUACAUUUCAACCACAUUCUUUGUUAUUAGUACAACAUAUGACAGAUAAUUGGACUGAAGAGAUUAGUAGGAGUACUGGAAAGGUGUAUUACUUUAAUCGAGUGAAAUCUGAAUCCACCUUCGAUUUACCAGAAAGUGAACACUUGUCAUUCACCGAUACACUAUACACAAAACUACCUUGGAUAACAGAACAAAAAUAUUAUCCAAGUGUUACUACUUUAGUACAAUAUUUAGAAAAAAUGUCAGAUCCUUAUUCAUAG